UUGACUGUCGCUUGCACUCCUAGCGAUUUACUCUUCGAUCGUUUUCACGAUGGGGGAGUCGUUCGAUGUCUGGAGAAUAUUCUUCAGAACCACGGACACCGACGUCUUCGAGUUCAUAGACAAGGCGAUCACGAUCGCCGCUCUAGAUUGCCCCGAAGAUUUUCUGUCGCGAAGAGGCCGUAUCGCAGAGCGGCUGUUCUCGUGUGAGACGACUCGGGCCGGAAGUGAUGGCACACGCGCAACUAAAGAAAACAGGGCGAACAGCGACAUGGGUAAUGUUGCGCUUGAUGGGGUUAGCAUAAACUGCAGCCACGGAGAAACUGAGGCAAACAGCGAGACCUCUCAACUUCUUGUCGGUCAAGUUCUGAGGAUCAAGCGGGUUUUGGACAACAGUCAACAUGAGUCUGAUUCCGCACUAUAUGAAUCACUGAGAAGGCUCCAGUCGAUGAGCAUCACUUUGGAUAUAUUGGAGAAAACUAAGAUUGGGAUAAGCGUCAAUAGUCUCCGAAGGAACUGCGGAUCAAAGCAGAUUGCUCAACUCGCCUGCGACAUUACUAUGGGAUGGAAGGCUAUGGUGGAAGAUUUUUGCCGCAGCACAGAGGAUGUGGCUGUUCUUUUUGUAGAUCCUCACAAAGUAGGAGACGGAACAACAUCUUCCGUCAAGAACCAGAACAUCAGCAAACCGGGACAAGUCAAUGAGUCAGGUUCACUUGUUAACGGGAACUGGAGACUGAAUGUGAACCAGCACAAGGGCAUUGUGAAGCCCAAUAUGUCCUCAAACACUAACUCGAGGACAAUCCCAGCAAGCGAUAUUGCGUCAAGGAAGUUUGCGAAGGAGAGAAUGCUUAAGUCGCAAAGCUCACAUCGAUCGGUCGCGGGGUGCGAAAGACCACUUGCCAGUCAACAGGAGAGGAUCAAGGGCUGGGACGAAGUUGUGGCGGACAUGAAGUUUCAAGCCACCAAGAGGAAGAUGCAAGAACUUUAUCAAAGAGCAGAAACGGACAAGAGGCGGCGGACGGUGCAAGAAUUGGAUCCGCGUGAUCUCCCAAAGAUGGCGACGAGUCGUAAGGCUUCGCGCGCCACAAUUGCAAGAGGUAGUCGGCGGAGGAUGAUUUCGCGGAGCCGGGUCUCAUGCGUCUAAAGACCAAAAGCCCCGCGCCGACAAUUUUGCCACAAAGAGAUCGAAGUUUCCGGACUUGGGAUCAAGCAAGAGUCGAAUAUUGUUCAUAGUCGUCCUCUUAGCUGUAGACGGAUAUAAGACAACUGAGAGUUGAUCAUUAGAGUAGUUUUGUAGGAGGAGGUGUCGAUGAAUUCUUUGCCAAAAAUUGUACAUUGCAACCUGUCAUCAAUCAAUACCUAAAUUUUUUUUU